UUUAUUAAGUUUAUUUAUUUUAUAUUAUAUAAAAAAGUAAAUAAUAUUGAAAAAUUAAUAUAUACUUUUUUUAAAAUAGUUAUUAUAAAUUACAGUUUAUUUAAAAAAAGAUUUAAUAAAAAUAAUCUAUUUAUUAUUAAGUUUUAUAAAUCUUUUAUUUCGUAA